UCGGAUGCUAGCUCUGAGAAACUCUUCAACACUGUUCUUGUAAACAAAGAUCCAGAGUUAGGUGUUGGCGCACUACCUGAACACAACCAAGAUGCGGGACCAAUUGUCCCCAAGAUCUCGGGUCUAGAGAGAAGCCAGGAGAAGAGCCAGGACUGUUGCAAAGAGCCAGUCUUCGAACCUGUGGUGCUCAAAGACCCACAUCCUCAGCUCCCCCAGCUACCACCCCAGCCCCAGGCCGAGCCCCAGCUCCAGAUUCCGUCGCCAGACGCGAACUUGGUACCCCGCACCGAAGCUCCGCCCCAGUUCCCUCCUCCGAGUACACAGCCCGCCCCAGGACCCCCAGAAGCCCAGCUGCAGCCCGCCCCGCUGCCUCAGGUGCAGCGGCCACCCAGGCCGCAGUCUCCCAGCCACCUGCUCCAGCAGACCCUUCCGCCUGUGCAGUCGCAUCCCCCUUCCCAGAGCCUCUCGCAGCCACUGUCCGCCUACAACAGCAGUAGCCUGAGCCUCAACAGCUUAAGCAGCAGAAGCAGUACCCCGGCCAAAACCCAGCCCGCCCCUCCUCACAUCUCCCACCACCCCUCCGCCUCUCCCUUUCCCCUCUCCCUGCCCAAUCACAGCCCCCUGCACAGCUUUACGCCCACCCUCCAGCCCCCUGCCCACUCACAGCACCCCAAUAUGUUCGCCCCUCCCACUGCUCUGCCUCCUCCCCCGCCGCUGACGUCCGGAAGUCUGCAGGUGCCAGGGCAUCCCGCAGGGAGCACGUACUCAGAACAAGAUAUCUUGAGGCAGGAACUGAACACGCGUUUCCUGGCCUCCCAGAGUGCCGACCGAGGGGCGUCCCUGGGCCCUCCACCCUACCUGCGGACCGAGUUCCAUCAACACCAACAUCAGCACCAGCACAAUCCCAGCACACACCAACACAAUUUACCGUUCCCCAUCAUCCACACCCCAUCCCACCCAGCACCUCCUGUGGUGCUUCCAGGCAGAAAUUUUGACAAAUACCCCACCAAAGUUGACCCAUUCUACCGGCAUAGUCUCUUCCACUCCUAUCCUCCUGCCGUCUCGGGUAUACCCCCCAUGAUCCCACCCACGGGCCCUUUCGGUUCACUUCAAGGAGCAUUCCAGCCGAAGACAUCCAAUCCUAUCGAUGUGGCUGCCCGGCCCGGAACAGUCCCACACACUCUGCUCCAAAAGGACCCAAGGUUGACAGAUCCUUUCAGACCUAUGCUAAGGAAACCAGGAAAGUGGUGCGCCAUGCACGUGCAUAUCGCCUGGCAGAUUUACCACCACCAACAGAAAGUCAAGAAACAGAUGCAGUCAGAUCCACACAAGCUGGACUUUGGGCUGAAGCCUGAGUUCCUGAGUCGUCCUCCGGGCCCUAGUCUCUUCGGAGCCAUCCAUCACCCCCACGAUCUGGCACGACCUUCCACUUUAUUCUCUGCUGCUGGUGCUGCACAUCCUACUGGGACCCCUUUUGGGCCACCACCUCAUCACAGCAACUUUCUCAACCCUGCCGCUCACCUAGAGCCUUUUAACCGGCCGUCUACAUUCACGGGCCUCGCUGCAGUUGGUGGCAAUGCCUUCGGGGGACUUGGAAACCCUUCAGUUACACCCAACUCAGUGUUCGGCCACAAGGAUAGCCCCAGUGUGCAGAACUUUAGCAAUCCUCACGAACCCUGGAGGCUGCACCGAACGCCUCCGCUGUUCCCGACCCCUCCGCCCUGGCUGAAGCCAGGGAGUUGGGCGCAGUUCGCUGCAGCCCAUGACAGAGAUAGAGAUGUAGAUAAACGAGACUCCUCCGUUAGUAAGGAUGACAAGGAAAGGGAAAGCGUUGAGAAAAGACACCCCAGCCAUCCUUCCCCAGCACCUCCCGUCCCGGUGAGCGCCCUGGGCCAUAACCGCAGCUCUACCGAUCCGACGACCAGGGGUCAUUUGAAUACUGAGGCUCGUGAGAAAGAUAAACCAAAAGAGAGGGAGAGAGACCACUCGGGAUCCCGAAAGGACCUGACCACCGAAGAGCACAAAGCCAAGGAAGGCCAUCUGCCCGAGAGAGAUGGGCACAGCCACGAGGGACGUGCAGCAGGCGAGGAACCCAAGCAGCUGUCCCGGGUGCCAUCGCCCUAUGUGAGGACACCAGGCGUGGAUAGCACCAGGCCUAACAGCACCUCUAGUCGGGAAGCCGAGCCACGCAAGGGUGAGCCGGCCUACGAGAACCCCAAGAAGAACGCGGAGGUCAAGGUCAAAGAGGAACGCAAGGAAGACCACGACCUGCCUACCGAGGCUCCACAAGCCCACAGGACCUCAGAAGCACCUCCGCCCAGCUCCUCAGCCAGCGCCAGCGUGCACCCAGGGCCUCUGGCAUCAAUGCCCAUGACCGUGGGAGUGACUGGCAUCCACGCCAUGAACAGUAUCGGUAGUCUGGACAGGACACGCAUGAUGACCCCGUUUAUGGGCCUCAGUCCGAUCCCAGGGGGAGAGCGCUUCCCGUACCCCUCUUUCCACUGGGACCCUAUGCGGGAUCCCUUGAGGGAUCCUUACCGUGACUUGGACAUGCACCGAAGAGACCCUCUGGGCAGGGACUUUCUGCUCAGGAAUGACCCCCUGCACCGGCUCUCCACACCCCGGUUGUAUGAAGCCGACCGCUCGUUCCGGGACAGGGAGCCUCAUGAUUACAGCCACCACCACCAUCACCACCAUCACCCGCUGGCCGUGGACCCUCGACGGGAGCACGAACGGGGUGGACACCUAGAUGAACGCGAGCGGCUGCACGUGCUUCGGGAGGACUAUGAGCACCCACGGUUGCACCCUGUGCACCCCGCUUCUCUAGAUGGACACCUCCCACACCCGAGCCUGCUCACGCCAGGCCUGCCUAGUAUGCACUACCCUCGCAUCAGCCCUACCGCGGGCCACCAGAAUGGACUACUUAACAAGACCCCGCCCACCGCGGCGCUCAGCGCCCCACCUCCGCUCAUCUCCACAUUGGGGGGCCGCCCGGGAUCCCCCCGGAGGACUACGCCUCUGUCGGCUGAAAUCCGAGAGAGGCCACCGUCCCACACACUGAAGGACAUUGAAGCUCGAUAAGCCAAGGAGGAUAAGGCAGACCUCGCAGUGGGGGGAGAAACCCCAGGGACACCCACCCCCAGACUCACGAGACAACUCCUGCACCCCCAAAACUGAGAGGCGCAGAGCUCCAACUCUUCCCCUGAAAAAAAAAAAAUGGACAGAGACUCCGUUUGGAUGUUGAAAUGUUUUUGUAUAUUAAUGUUGGAAUUUUUCAGACCUUUUAGCCAGGUCCCGUUUGUUCUUACCUUUCCUUACUUUUUUUGUUGUUGUUCCUUGCAUAAAACUUUGAUUUGAACCAAAUCGGUGAAGGUACUGACAGACAAGGAUCUGAUGAUCAUGGGGGGCGGGGCGGGGGCGGAGCCUCUGUCCAUCACCCCGAGCUGUCUCGGCAGGAGGUGUGUACAUAGAGUGUAAAAAGAGAUUGCUUCAUGAGCUGACGGUUCAUAUAUGCAAAAGAUAAAGACGAAAGCUUUACUUGUACAGAUGUAAAUAGGUGAAGAGUAACAUAAUACAUUAAUACUUCUUCAGA